GAUUCUAUUAAAUAUGUAAUGGCUGCAAAGCAAAAUUAAGAUGCGGACUAAAUGCCCAAGAAUGGAAAGUCAGCUAAAUUGAAUGCAAGGGAGAAGGGACAGUGCACCGUGUAGGAUGGAUUUUCAGAACCCUGAUUGGAAACUUGAACCUUCACUCGCUCAAUCGCCUUCUUUUGUAGCUUGAGGAGUCAAAGUUUGAUAUACCAGCACCAUGUUACAGUCUCAAGAAAUGGACAAUAACUGGAAAGCGGCAGAAAAUGCUAUAUCAGUGGCUCCAAUGGAUACUGAAUCUAAGAGUGAAGAUGCUGACUACAUAUCCGAAACAAUGGGGAAACUGGAUAUUGGACAAUCAUCCUCAAGUUUCAAGAGAAAGCCAGUCAUCAUCAUAGUUGUGGGAAUGGCAGGAAGUGGAAAGACUACAUUUCUUCACCAGCUAGUCUGUCACACCAUGGCAUCAAAUGUUCAGGCUUAUGUUAUGAAUCUUGACCCUGCUGUGAUGACUCUUCCAUUUGGUGCGAACAUUGACAUCAGAGACACUGUUCGGUACAAGGAGGUCAUGAAGCAGUUCAAUCUUGGACCAAAUGGAGGAAUUUUGACUUCGCUUAACUUGUUCUCAACAAAGUUUGAUGAGGUGAUAUCUAUGAUUGAGAAACGAGCAGAUCAGCUUGACUAUGUUCUGGUCGACACUCCCGGCCAAAUCGAGAUUUUCACUUGGUCUGCAUCUGGAGCUAUUAUUACAGAAGCUUUUGCGUCAACAUUUCCCACAGUAAUUGCUUAUGUUGUUGAUACACCUCGUUCAGCAAGCCCAGCUACCUUUAUGAGCAAUAUGCUGUAUGCUUGUAGCAUCCUUUACAAGACACGGUUGCCACUGGUAUUGGCAUUCAACAAGACAGAUGUGGCACAACAUGAGUUCGCAUUGGAGUGGAUGAAAGAUUUUGAGGUGUUUCAUGCAGCACUAGAUUCUGAUCAAUCUUACACAUCAACCCUGACGCGCAGCCUCUCGCUCACAUUGGAGGAAUUCUAUAAAAAUCUUAGAUCGGUUGGAGUCUCUGCAGUCACUGGUACUGGGAUGGAUGCAUUCUUUAAAACCAUUGAAGCCUGUGCAGGGGAGUACAUGGAAACUUACAAGACUGAUCUUGACAAGAGAAGAGCAGAGAAGCAUCGCUUGGAAGAAGAACGAAGAAAGCAAAACAUGUAUAAGUUCAGGAAUGACAUGGAGCAAUCCUGGGGGCAAACUGUGGUAUUGAGCACUGGUUUGAAGGAUGGAACGGACGACAGAAGCAUGGAACUUGAUGAAGACGAAGAGGACAAAGAAAUAGAAGACUACGUGAGGUUUAGUGAAGACGAUGCUGAUAUCAUAGACGAGGAUGAAGACGAAGAGAGAGCCAGUUUUUCAUUUUGAGACCAGUAUCUUAAAGUAACUUCUAUGUAGAGCUGAAGCAAAUACACUUUACAUUGCACCUACUAGAUUUUCUGUAAAUGUAAGCUGUCUCAAUUAUGACUUCCAUUAUGGUGCUAGUAAAGUCAAAUGUCUCAUUUGUGUGAAAAAUUAUGUUUGUGUAUUUGAGCUUAA